AUGCCUUCGGCGACUGUGCGGCCUCACCAACGCGGAGCCCGCCCUCAGGCAAAGCUACCAGGCACGUUGACCCCCCAGGAGUUCGCUGCGCAGUUUCACAGACAGCAGCAGACCGACACAGACAGUUCCUUCGCGCAGAUGCUUCAGCAGCAAGUGAGUUGGCCUCACGGCUUUACCGACAGCUUCUUUUUGCGAGCCGCGAUGAUCCUCUACAGCUUCGGUCUCCUCAGCUGGCAGACUUCCUGCAGCCAAGCACGUUGUGGAGGGAAAGUCCAGUUCGAAGAGACAGUGCGAAACGAUCGGGCAGGCACUAAGUGUCGCUACCACUUCCGCUGUCUGCGCUGUGGCACGCGCACCAGUCCCGAGGCGAACGGAGCUCUACAUGGGGUACGAUCUCACCUCUGGAUGGCUUGGAUUCAUUUCACCGCCUUGUGCACCCACAAUCAGCCAUGGAGUCAAAUCAUGACCACAAUGCGAAGUCAGUAUGGCGUUAGCUCACCUUACCACACUCUCGGAGAUUGGCUUGAAAGGGUGCAAAAAGCCAUGGGAGACUACACUCGGGCCAAGAAGAUGGAUGUCAUUGGCGGCAAAGGAUUCGUGGUGGCCUGGGACGAGACAGCUUGGGGACGACAGCGUGCAGGCAUCAUGAAGAAGCCCGCGCAGCAGCGAGGGCGAAGCGUCCACACCAUGAAGAGAUUGCCUGGUCAAACCAUCUGGAAAAAGCCCGCUGUCCAGACAAGUGCAGGCAGUGACAAAGGCGAGACAAGGUGGAUCUGGAUGGCUGUUGUCUGUGGAAGACAAGCUUCCGCAGGAAAGCCUGCGGAGGUCUUCACGCACAUGAGUCAGACCAAGCGCGUGGCUGCCGUGCUUUUGCCUGUCAGCGGCAAGGCCCUUCAGGGCAAGCCUCGAGGCGCCCAGCAGCUCAAGAAGGUCAUCAAGCAUCACAUCAAGCCUGGGACGAAGCCCGUGACUGAUGGUUGGGCUCCUUCAGCCAGCGUGGUCAACUCCUUGGCCCAUUUCGAUGAGCACGCCGUGGUGAACCACUCCAAGGAAUGGCGUAACGAGGACGGCUACCAUACCAAUGACAUCGAGUCGGAGAACAAUCGUCUCAAGACCUGGGCCCGCCGACGAUGGGGUCGCUUGCCGCCCAAGUGCACGGACGAGAUGCUGAUGGAGUAUGUCUUCCGAGUCAACGUCGGUUCGUCCUUCAUGUGCGUCCUCACAGCCGUGCAGCACGAUGCCGGUGUCAAGAGUCCCUCAGUAGCCGUCCCGCUCGAGUUCCGAUAG